UUGUAAAUAAAAAUAUCUACUACAUACCUUUAGAAAAAAAUCAACAAAUAAUUAGAUAAGAAAAAUCUACAAUUAGUAACAAGUUGUUUUAUAAUAAUUUAAACAAAUUUGCAGCUGUUUCACAUUGCUAAUAGAUAGUUUUAAAUUUGCCUUAAUUAAGAAAACCAAAUAAUAUUAAGAAAACUUUAAAAGAAACAAAACUGCAACAACAAUAAUGGGUGAUAAAACUAGAAAUAUUGUAAAUGUUUUGGUUUAUGGUUCAGCUAUAGUAGAUUUUAUAUGCUAUGUGGACCGCUUGCCCAAGGCUGGAGAAACUUUACAUGGUUACAAAUUUGCGAAUGGUUUUGGUGGCAAGGGAGCCAAUCAAUGUGUAGCGGCUGCACGUUUAGGUGCUAAUACUGCCAUGAUCGCUAAAUUGGGUACGGAUAUGUGGGGAGAGCAAUAUGUGCAACAAUUGAAAAGUGAAAAUGUAAAUGUGGACUUUGUUAAACAGUGUGCGGGAGAAAGUACGGGUAUUGCUCAAAUUGCUGUUAGUUCAGAGGGAGAAAAUCAUAUUGUUAUAGUGGCCGGAGCCAAUAAUAACUUGGCUGCUAAUGAUGUUCAUGAGGCAGAAGAGUUAUUUCAAAAUGCCAAAGUUUUACUUUGUCAAUUGGAAACACCUUUGGACGGUACUUUAGCAGCUUUGCAGGCAUUUAAAGGUAUUUCAAUAUUAAAUGCUGCCCCAGCGUUAAAAAACACUCCAGCAGAACUUUUAAAGGCAGCCACAAUUCUGUGUGUUAAUGAAACCGAAGCAGCUUUAAUGUGUGAAUUGGAGGAUAUAAAAACUUUGUGUCAAGCUAAAACUGCUGCCAAAAAACUAUUGGAACUAGGAGCCCAAACUGUUAUCAUAACUUUAGGUUCUCAAGGAGCCGUCUACACAUCUACCAAAGAGCCCAGCAAAUGUAUACAUGUGCCGGCAUAUAAAGUCGAAAAGGUAUUAGACACAACCGGAGCUGGUGAUGCAUUUCUAGGUGCUUUAGCCUUUCAUAUGGCUCAAAAUCCUCAGCAAGAACUUCACCAGCAUAUAGGAUUUGCUAAUUAUGUGGCUGCCCACUCUGUAAAAUAUCCAGGUACUCAAACCAGUUUCCCUAAAGCCCAAGAUAUACAAACCGUUGUAAGGCAAACCUAUAACUUUAGUGAAAUUUAAAUAAUAAUAACAAAGCAAGAGAAAACACAUUAUUUGUCUAUAAAUAUUUGUAAAAAAAGUCUAUACACACAUUUAUUGUUAACUUUUUAAGGUUUUCUUUUAAGUGUAACAAUUUUUUUUAAUAAAUGCUUAACUAAAUUAUUUUUUGCCCGACUUCUUGAUGCCGCCUCCAACUAAGGGACCCUUUUGGGAAGCCUUUUGUUUAGCAGCUUCUAGGGCUUUUUGUUGUUCCUUAAGUUUUUGCUUGAAAGCCAUAUCGUCUUCGUCCAAGUCUUUGGAUUCUUUUUUGGGUGCCUUUAAAGGCUUCUUUUUGCCACCUUCACGACCAGACAUUUUCGUUUAAUCUCUCUA